CGAGAGAGAGAUACAGAGAUACAUACAGUGAAAUCAUUUGAAAGGUGCUAAGGCCGGAAGUGUUCGGAAAGAGGAAGUUGAGAGUUGUGAAUCAGAGACCAAAAAUUGGUGUGCAGACAGAGAUACACUCAGAGAAACACGGAAUGAGCAAAUUAGAAAAAGUAUGGAUUGUAAAAAAGGACAGCGGUAAAAAAAAAUAAACGGAUGAAACUGAACUGGAAAACACAACAAAAAGACAGCAAGUGAAGAGGAAAGGAGAAGGCUGAACAUUGUGACAGAUGACAGAGUCAGAUAUGAGAAAGCGCUGUGUCUGCACUCUUUUGGUCCUCAUGCUGAUACAGACAGGCAUGACACACAGUGGGAUUUCUGUAUCUCACAAAUGGGAUGGAGAUCACCUAUCUAUCACCUGUCGUCUCAUGGGGGACAAAGACACUGUUUCUCAGAUCAACUGGGAGAUGACCAGCAGUUCGAACCACACCACCACCAGAUUGAAACUGGGCAUCUUCCAUCCCGUGUUCGGUACCUACGUGUUCCCGAAGUACAACGAUACUGUGGAGAUCCAGGGUAACGCCUCCAGUGGCAAUUACACGCUCAGGCUGAGAGGUAGCACUGUGUUGGAGGAGAGUCAGUUCUGCUGUAAAUUCAUGACCUUUCCCUCUGGAGCGCUGGAGCAGUGUACAAAUACCAGGAUUAAUGAAAGCACAGAGGAGGCCCAGGAGUCAGAAGGCCCACAGGGUUUACUAGAGGAGAGACAAGUGGAGCAGUGGGCUCUGCUAGUAGUGGGAUCUACCAUCUGUCUCCUCAGUAUCGCCAUCUCUCUCUACUACUGCUUGAAGUAUUGCUGCAGACACUGCUGCCGCAGGAGGCGAGUGUUCGAGGUGGAGACUUAUCUGACAGAUCAGCACACAGACUCGGAGGGGGUCACAGAGGAGCCACCCCAUCAACCCACCCUUCCCUCACCCCCUCACCACCAGCUCCAGGGUUUUGACCCCUCUAAGCUGUACACUAAGAUCAAGCAGGACCUGCUGUAUGGACGGCUGUGGAAGGCCUACCAGGGGACGGCUAAGGCCUGGGGCCCCACAACACAGCAGGGACCACAGCUUCAAGGGCCACAACAAGCGUCAGAACUAGGGCCACAAAAGGUCUAUUUUCUUCUGGGGGAUCAUCGGGCGUCACAGAGAGAGGAACCAGAAGAACCGGAACUAGAACAAGAACAAGACCCUCAACCAACCCUUGAAGGAACCGUGGAACCACAGACUGAGCCUGAACCUAUCCAUCCAUUAGCCCUGGAACCUGGAACACAGAUGGAGGUUCAAGAACCAGAAUGUCAUUUAGAACUAGAACCCAAUUUCCCAUCAACCCUCCCUGCACAGAGGGAGGAACUGGAACCAGACAUGGGAACAGAGAAGGAGGAAACUGAAGAAACCAGAGACUAACCCUUCAGCGUGGAGGUUCAUGAAGGGAGGGUGUGUUGUGUUGUUGUGUGUGUCUGUGCGUCUGUGUGGACCGUGCGUGUGUACGUGUGUGUUGGGAGGAAUAAUGUACUGUUGACAUUGGGUGAAUAACCCUGACCUCCUAAGGUUAGCUGUCAUUCAAUACGAUUAAUACUUAUUGCCCCAGUGGGACAUUUAGAGUGAAAAUUAAACUCACAGGUAAUCGCCAUGGUUUUUUGUUUACUGUGAACAAUGUACAUGUGGUUAGACGUCUCGGCCAUCACUCAGACGUUUCUCUCUCUCUCACACACACACACACACACACACACACACACACACACACACACACACACACACACACACACACACACACACACACACACACACACACACGGACGGACGGACGGACGGACGGACGGACGGACAGAGACCGACCGACCGACCGACCGACUGUACAUACUGCACACCACACACACACACUGGUAAACGGGGUUUGACGUCUCGGCCAUCGCUCAGCUGUUUCUCACAUUUGAGCUCGCGACACAAUGUGGCAUACAGUAACUGGUAUACUGUUAACAGACAGAAGAAGCAGGGGAAUGUCUUCCAAGCAGAGCUUUUUUAUAACAUUUCCUGUAUGGUCAAAUUUAGUGCGAUGUGAAUAGAACAUUUAGCUUUUAAAUAUAAUAAUGGGUUGCAUGAACUUUAGAUUCUAAAAAGAGCUGUUAUAGCCAACCGAUCUGUUAUUGUAAGGAGCAAGACAGCGAGUGAUUCUUAUUUUGUGUAUCUGGUUUUGUGAUUGCAAUUUCUGUAUAUAAUGUAGGUCUAUAAUGUUUAUACUUUUGUUUCAAUUAAAAAUCGGAACUAGCAAAA